AUGAUUAGAGUUAAAAAUGUCCCACUUUCGGCAGAAGAUGGCCAGAUAAAGCGGGCAAUAUCACUUUUUGGUUGUGAAAUUAUCAAAAUGUACCGGGAGAGGCUGCGAGUAGAUAGCUUCCUCACGAACUGUGAGACUGGUGACCGGUUAUUGACUGUCAAAGAUCUAAAAUCUCCAAUACCAUCUGUCAUAGAGAUUGGUAAAUAUAGAGCGACGGUGAAACAUAAAGGCCAGCCAAAUGAGAACGCUACAUGUAGCAACUGUUUGGAGAAGGGCCACUACGCCAAGGAAUGCACAAAGGAAAAAGUGUUCAGGGAAUGUAAACUCCCUGGUCACAUCAAGUCCGAGUGUCCUAAACUGUGGGUUGAUCAGGAUCAGUAUGGCGAUGCUGAUGAUGAGGACUGUAAAACUGAAGACGACAUGUGCUCCACGGACAGUAGCAGUACUGGUAAUGAUCAAGAGGACGAUGAUGCAUACACCAGUACUACUGCUGAUGCUCCAGACAAUAAAGAGAUUUUCGUGGAGGCCUCUGAGAGCAAAUCGCGUUCGCGAAAACGUAAAGAAUCAAAAACCGCGAAAAACAAAGAAGGGAAAAAGGAUACACAAACUAUGCUAGAUAAAUUCAUGAAGAACACUCCUUCCAGGAAAUCAUCUCAAUUGAGUGCAGACCUACGCUCUCCUCCUGAGGACAUAGGUCAAACAGCAAAGAAAAAAUGUGAAAAAAAGAAAGACUAA